AUGGCAGAGGAGAACAUUUUUCUGUUCGUGCCCAACCUGAUCGGCUAUGCCCGGAUACUGUUUGCCUUCGUGGCGUUUUAUUUCAUGCCAACCUCGCCCCUGGUGGCCUCCGCCUUCUACCUGCUCAGCGGCCUGCUGGACGCCUUCGACGGACAUGCAGCUCGAGCGCUCAACCAAGGAACCAAGUUCGGCGCCAUGCUGGACAUGCUGACUGACCGUUGUGCCACCAUGUGUCUCCUGGUAAACCUGUCCCUCCUCUACCCAUCGUACACUCUGCUGUUCCAGCUCAGUAUGAGUCUGGACAUCGCCAGUCAUUGGCUGCACCUACACAGUUCCACCCUGAAAGGAAGUGACAGUCACAAGACAAUCGACCUGAGCGGUAACCCUGUGCUGCGCUUGUAUUACACCUCCCGGCCUGUGCUGUUCCUGAUGUGUGCUGGCAACGAGCUCUUCUACUGCAUGCUGUAUCUGCUGUACUUCUCCGAGGGACCAGAAGUGGCGUUGGGUCCGCUGGGAGCAAUCGGUAUUUUCCGCCUCAUCUUCUGGGUCAGCUGUCCGAUCUCUCUGCUGAAAUCCGCCAUCAGUCUUCUGCACUUGGGCACCGCCUCCUGCAACAUGGCCGCCCUGGACCGCGCCGAGCGUGCUAAAAAGAAAUAA